CGCUGCCAGAGCAGCCGGGGGCGGGGGAGCGGCCGCGCACGGGUGGCUGCCUGCCUGAGCGGCGGCCGCGGCUCCGCACCGCGAGCCUCCCUAUUCAUCUGCCUUUAUUAUUAUUUUUCCGGAGCGGGGGAGGCGUGGGGGGGGGGGGGCUGUAGGGUUUUUUCCUUUUUUUCUUUUUUUCCCUUUUUUCCCCCCGUUUUUUUCCUUUUUCUUUCUUUUUUUCCCCGUUUUUUUCCUUUUUUUUCCUUUUUGUUGUGCGCAGGUGACCGCGUCCCAAAGCGGCGCCUGGAAAGUUUUGCUCGCGUGCGGGCGGCGGCGGCGGCCCGCGCUGGGAUGCGGCGCCCGGGGCCCGGCUGCCCAGCGGCGGCCGCUGCACGGCGGCUGCCGCGGCCGGGGCUGGUGCAGGCGCCCCCUGGGAGAGCCGAGCGCGGGCAUUAAACCCCCCCUCCCUCCCCCGCCGCCCUCCCUCCCCCCCGCUCCGUCCCUCCCUCCCUGCUCUCCCGGCGCGGCCAUUGCAGUGACCCCGGCCGGCCAAGGAUGAUCACGAACACGCGGGGCUUCCUCUGGUCGGACCUGGAGACGCGGGCGCUGCUGGAGAUCUGGGGCGAGGCGGACGUGCAGUCGGCGCUGGACGGCAACUUUCGCAACAGCCAUGUGUACCGCGACGUGGCCUGCCGCCUGGCCGAGCUGGGCUUCGAGCGCACGCCGGAGCAGUGCCGCAUCCGCAUCAAGGGCCUCAAGCGCCAGUACUACCAGGCGCGGGACGGGCUGAAGAAGAACGGGCACGCCCGCAAGAUCUGCAAGUACUACGACGAGAUGGACCGCAUCCUCAGCUGCCGCGGGGGGCCCGACGGCGCCGCGGAGCCGCUGGCGGCGCCCCCCGACGGCGCGCCGCCCGCCGCGCCGCCCACGCCGGGCACGCCGCGCCGCGGCCGCGACGCCGACGCGGAGCGCGACGAGGACGCGGCGCCGGAGUCGCCCCGCGACGCCUUCGCCGAGGACUCGGGCGAGUGCUCCUCCUACGCCGAGCACCCCAUCAAGGUGGAGUGCCCGCCCUUCGCCAUCCCGGUGCCGCCCGCCGACGGCUUUAAAGAAAUCAGUGCUCCGACUAUUACCCCACCUCUCAACCAGCCCAAAAGAUCAAAAAAGCGCCAUGCAAAUUUAACAUUGGAUAAAAUGAUGGAAAAAUUUCUGCAGCAGAGUGUGGAUACAGAAGAGAAAUUUUACAAAUAUGAAGAACAGAGGCUCAAAAUUGAGGACAAGCGUCGUGAAGCUGAGCAUGCUCGAGAGCUCCAGAUGUUACAAAUGUUGGGACAGAUGUUGGCAGGAAUUUCUUCUACAGUAUCACAAAGGUCACAAUCUAUACCAGCGAGUCCACCUCAGAGAGCAAACCAUCGUUCGUAUGGGGAUAACUUUAAUUAUAAUGCUAUGACAGCAGCACUUUCUCCACCGAUAGUUAUAGAGAGAUCUUUUUCACUGCACAAAACACACACUCUAAAGGAUAUGGAGAAUAUUUUUCAAUUGGUGCGCAACGUUAUCCCUCCUCUAACAGGAAAAAGGCAUAAAGGUCAAGAUGGACGCAUAGGCAUUGUUGGAGGAUGUCAAGAAUACACAGGAGCACCGUAUUUUGCUGCAAUUACAGCUCUCAAAGUGGGUGCAGAUUUAUCCCACGUGUUUUGUACCAAAGACGCAGCAACUGUAAUUAAAUCAUAUAGUCCAGAGCUGAUUGUUCAUCCAGUUCUCCUGUAUCUACAUCAUGAACAGGCGAUAAGUGGUUGUGGAGGAAAAAGAAACGAGCUAUAUGGAAAUUGCCAUGUUAAUACUGUUUCCCCAUGGCUUAAAAGAAGCAGGGAAGCAGCGCCGUUCAAACAGAAGUUGAACUUCAGCUCACUAAGCCGGGGAGCUGCUUCAGGGCUGCUGCCUUCGUCAGGUGUCUCGCUGUCUCCCGUGCCCUUGUGUGAUAGUCCCAAUGCUGUCCAUGAGGUGGAAAAAUGGUUACCACGACUGCACUCAGUUGUCAUAGGACCGGGCUUAGGUAGAGAUGAUACUCUGCUUGAGAAUGCUAAGGGUAUUAUAGAAAAAUCAAAGAUCAAAGGAAUUCCAAUCAUUAUUGAUGCUGACGGACUGUGGCUCAUUUCCCAGCAGCCUUCUCUUAUUCAAGGCUACCAGAGAGCUAUUCUUACUCCAAACUAUAUGGAGUUUAGUAGACUAUAUGAAGCCAUGCUUAGAGACCCCGUAGACAGUAGUGACCAUCAUGGAUGUGUAUUAAGACUCAGCCAAGCCAUGGGGAAUUUAACAGUUGUUCAAAAGGGAGAACGAGAUCUGAUUUCGGAUGGAGAGAAAGUACUUGUAUGCAGUCAUGAAGGAAGCAGCCGAAGAUGUGGUGGACAGGGGGACCUCCUUUCAGGUUCUCUUGGAGUCUUAGCACACUGGGCAUUUCUUGCUGGAGCAGAAAAAACAAAUGGUCAAAAUCCGUUUCUAGUGGCUGCAUUUGGAGCUUGCUCUCUCACAAGGCAAUGUAACAACCAAGCCUUUCAAAAAUUCGGACGUUCAAUGACUGCCUCUGAUAUGGUUUCAGAAGUUGGAACAGCUUUUAACAAACUUUUUGAAACCUGAAGCCAAAGCAGCAGACGGGAAGAAAAGGAAGAACAAUGACUGCAAGAAUAAUUACAUUUACAGUAGAAUUUACAUAAGUAAUGCACCCUUUCAAGUGCUGUAGCAGCAUUGGUAUGCUAGGUAGAUUUUUUUUUUUUUAUUUUUAAGAAUAGAAAAUAUGAUUAAUGUAGAUAUUUUUUAAGAGUUUGGAAUACAAAAAUGUUUUGGCUGAAAUAAGCUGUAGUUGCAGAUCUGUUAUAAUAUAAUAAAACUAAACUGAAAGUA